UUUCCAUACUAACACCUACACCACCGUUAAGAAAGUAACAAGCUUUUCUCAUUUAACGAUCGGGUUUGCAUUUGGGUAUCAUUACCAUAAUAUAUCAGAGAAAAAGAAGAAGAAAAUGGAGGCCCCCAUAUUACCCCUUGGAAGGACUUCGUCAAUCGAAAGGGAGCCCAGAACUCUCAAUAUCCACCAAAUUCAAUCGGCCAGGGAAUUGGCAGCAUAUAUAUUGAACACGAAGACCAUAGAAGAAGCUUCCAGAAUUUUCACGGAGGGGUUGCAACCAGUGGUGAGUGGCGCCUGCUGCUUAGGAUCCGGCACAACAAUGGACAUAGACAUAGAUUUGGGUGAAGAACUGGAACUGAUGAAUUCCAAAGACGCAACAACACAAGUAGCCCCAGAAGCAGCAUUCAGGGACAUAGCAUCAGCACCUUUCUAGAACAAUAAUUCAACAUGUGUUGCAUAUUAAUAUUUUUGUGCAAUAAUUGUAGAAUAUUGUACAUAUCCUGAGUUGAAGUUUUGGGUUCCCAACAAUUUCAUUUGAUUCCUUAUUCCUUUCCA